CGCGCAAGAGAGAAAUUGAUAGUACUACGGAGGAGGAAAAAACGCCAGUCGCUGGGUGGAGCAGUGUCGUCGCGUGUUGCUGCGGGAAACUCAUUCGGUUGAACGCUCGGUUCACUGCAGAUGCAAAUAACGUCGACUAGGGAAGGUGAACGGCGGUAAUGGUGAUCCUGUGCGGGCGUGAGUGAGAGACAGCUCUGGUAGGGACAUGGAGGAAUCCGAAAACGUCCCCUCCGCGCCAGAGGACGGUCUCCUUGCUACCUGGCGCUGGAACAGAAACGCAAGGGAACAGGUUCAGUUGAAGCAGAAGAUCAAAGAUCUACCUGGCUUGCUGAAACACGGUCUACAUUUGAGGAAGAAAAGUCAGUCCCCCGACACCAUCCCUGGGCCGAGCGCAGCACCACCACGACAAAAGACUUGUUCCCAGAGUUUCCCGUGCGCAGGCCGAGCGUUGAGGAACGCCUUCCUGUCCCAUGGACCCUACCCCGCCAAAGACAAGAUCCACCUGGCCAGGAUCAUACGGAGGAGCUAUGUGGGUGUGGAGCUGGUCCAGUGGUUGUUGGAGCAGUGUGUGUUCGUUCAGUGCCGGAUGAUGGGAGCCAGGAUCUGGCAGGUGCUGCUGGAGCUGGGCAUACUACACUCAGUGGACCAGCGCGUGGUGUUUGAGGACUCCAACACCUACUACCAGUUCUCCUUUGAGGAGUGCGAGGAGCGCGGCUGUGACUUCCGCAACGAGGAGGAGUGGCAGAACGGAGUCCGCCUGCUCACACAGCUGGUGCCCUACGUGCAGUUCAGAGUCGUCAGCCCACCUGAGGAGGACCCUGAGGCCAUGAGGGACAUGCGCAGCGAGAUUCUACAGAUGAAAGCUCUGGAACGACUCACAUCUACUGUUCAGAAUGAGUUGGCUGCGGCACUCGCUCGGAAGGCACGGAAGUCAAUGUCUGAGGAGGAGUCAUCGUCGGACACUGCAGAGAGCUCUCCUCAAGAGACGCCCAAGACCCCCAGUGACCCUCAAGCCAAGCAGAGCAGGAUUUUCAGACCGGGGAAAAUUGUGUGUGUGUACUCCUGUCCUAUCCUCCUCGGGGGCGUGUGCUCGGUGCUCCCGCGGCCGGACGAGCUCUCCCGGCUGGAGAUGGUGCAGCGCCUGGCCAAGGACGGAUGCCGCCUGCUCCAGAACCACAGCUACCGGCUGCCCGACCGCACGCAACCGACGGGUGAGGGGGUGGUGCGCGUGUGCCUGAAGGAGAGGGGGCAGGACGUGCUGGUCCUCCAGAGGGUGGCAGCAGAGCGCGGCUCUGGCUCCCCCACUACACCUGGAGGAGUCAAGGAGGAGGAGGGAGACAAGAGGUAUGUGGUGGUGUCCGGAACGCCGCAGAAGAUUCUGGAACACCUGCUGAGCGACCUGCGACUGGACGAGCCGCAGCAAGGCGCCACGGAGAACAGGGAAGCAGAGAUGCUUCUGGAUGACUUCCUCCUGACCUACCUGGUGUUCAUGUCGACGAACGACCUGUGCCAAGCUCUGCUGGGACAUUACUGCACCAAGCGCUGCAAAGGCAAGGAGGAGGGCAAGGAGGCCCUCUACCGGAAGCGCAAGGUACUGCACCUGGUGGCGCAGUGGAGCUCGCUAUACAAGGACUUCCUGAAAGAGGAGGAGAACGUCAAACUCUUCAUGAAGACUCUGUAUCGUUAUGUGCUGGAGGACGUCUAUGAGUUUCCGACCUUGGAAAAGGACCUGAAGGAAUUCCAGUCACUUCUGAAGCGCAGGCACACGGUAGACGAUUACACUCCACACCAGAAGAACAAAGCCCUCUUCCAGCAAUUGAGUCUGAAGGAAAACUGCCUGACGCUCCGCUCUGGAAAUGGUGCGAGCAACGAGACCAAAGAAGUCCUGUGCCGUGUGUAUGUGAGUCCGGACUCCUUUGUGAGUGUGCGUACGCGCUCCACCGUGGUCACCCAGGAGCUGCUGAGGGUGGUGGCCCAGAAGAUGGAGAGACCAGAGGAAGACAUGAUGCUGGGAGCCGUCUCAUACAGCGGAGAGAAGCGUGUGCUGCAGCCUCAUGACAGUAUCUACUCGGAGAGCCUGACGACUCCAGGCAGACUGAUGGCAUGUCGACGGGACCUCAAUGAGAUCAUGCCCCCCCUGACUGAGUGUCCAGAGCUGGGCCAGAGACCGGUGCGUCUGCUGGCCUUGAACACGUGGGACGUGGCGGUGGCGCUCACCAACUUUGACUGGAGCCUCUUCAACUCCAUACACGAGCAAGAGCUGAUCUACUACACACUGAGCCGCCAGGCCAGUAGCCGCCACACGGUGGCGCUGGAGGUGCUUCUGCAGCGCUGCAACGAGGUGCAGCAGUGGGUCAUGUCUGAGAUCCUGCUCUGCCACUCGCUGGCCAAGCGCGUCCAGCUGCUCAAGAAGUUCAUCAAGAUAGCCGCACACUGUAAAGCACAGCGGAACCUCAACUCUUCCUUUGCCAUCAUCAUGGGCCUGAACACUGCGGCGGUCAGUCGCCUCAACAUCACGUGGGAGAAGGUUCCUGGGAAGUUCAAGAAGCUGUUUUCAGAGCUGGAACUCUUGACGGACCCAUCCAUGAACCACAAGGCCUACAGAGAUGCCUUCAGGAAGAUGAAGUCCCCUAAGAUUCCAUUCAUGCCCCUGCUGCUCAAAGAUAUCACGUUCAUUCAUGAGGGAAACAAGACAUUUCACGACAACCUGGUCAACUUUGAGAAACUGCACAUGAUUGCAGACACGGUGCGUCUCAUUCGCCACUGUCAAACAGAGCAAACAGGCAAUGAGGGCACCCAGAACUGCAGUCCGGAGGUGAAAGCCAGUAUCCACUACCUGCACAUCAUAGACAAUCAGCAGACUCUGUUUGAGCUGUCACACAGACUGGAGCCCCGAGCAUGAAAAACAACAACACAUUGCCCCCUGCUGGACGUUUAGUGUAAACACCACUUGGUGGCACCACCAACCUCACGUUUGUGUACAAAAAGCACCCACCACCCCUGUGUUGAACAUAUCACACGGCCAAUAGGAAUAGCUCCUCGCUGAAGACGGGACUCGAGCAAAUUCCAUAUGACUGACAGAAGACGCCAACUCACGACUGAAGAGAAAAGAACUCAUUUUGCAUUUUCGUCAUCAGUAUUUUUGCUUUGUUUGUUUGCUGCCAUUUUGAAGAGAUCCUCUCAAAAAAAACAAAAAACUCUUCUCUGCUCUCCGCACCUAAAGCCAAUCCCACAGACCUCAGUGAGGAGGAGAGACAGGGAGAGAUGCCAUGGAACAGCCAAUGUUUCCAACACAUGGAAAAUGUGCUCAGUCAGUCACCAGCUUGGACACGGUCUGAAUCUGAAGACCUUUUCACAGGACAUUUAUUUGCAGUGAGGAGGAUCAGAGGUCGCUCUGCCCACUCCAAGAACACGACACAACAAAAAACACUAAAAGUAGUUGACGAAAGUGCAGCAAAACAGAAACACUGAACAGAGCUACAAAAUUGCUGCACAGAUUGGGGAAACCUUCUGCUGUCCAUUUUUGAUGUCGAAACAGUCUAACAGUCACUCACCACUAACUCUUUUUCAUCCCUUCAUAGAGUUUUGCUUUUAUUUGAUGGUUUCACUGUAUGGUUUUCUUCACACCACUAAGCACUGAUACACUAGUCCCCAUGAAGGUGGGAAAUGUGGCAUGACGUGUAGAAUCAGAGGAUAGCAAUGCAAUUGGGGGAGGAGGGCCCACGGCCUGUAACACACAGGUGCAUCGUCUUCACUUCUUUGAAAUAUCUUUGAGGCACAGAAAGAAAAUCUGUCACUUUUUUUUUGGUGGUGCACUAGUCAAAGUGUAACAUGUAAAUGCGUUGCCCCCACCGGCUGAUCAUCGGAUCCCCUGUGUGCAUGUUCAGUGAACCGUUUCAUGUCGCACCCCCACCCCACCCCACCCCCAUUUACAUUUUUGUACAAAGACAUAUGUAUAUUUGUAUACAUAGAUGUUGUUGCUACAGGAGGCCGCUGGCAGUGUUAUAUUUCACAGAUGGGUCAACCGCGUUCUUUGCCAGGACUUGGGGGGUUGUGUGUGACAAGCAAGGGUUGGGUGAGUGUGUGCAUGUGUGCAACACAGUGUUCAUUCAGCACUUAGUGAGUCCAAUUAGACACAUGUGGUGUUGAUUCUGCUUGGUGUGAGUGUUGAAAUAACACUGUUCAAUUUACUGUGUUUAUGUGUGUGUGGAAGAGG